AUGAAACUAGUUCGGAUUCUACUUAUCGCUAUCUCCUGUCAAACCAGUUCAUCAUCGAGCUACACUACGGAGCUGGAAACAGCCAUAGUAACGGCCAUUUCCGGUUGUGUCCCAUCCGUCAUAGAAUGGGGUUUAUCUCCGUUGCACGUUGACUUGUAUUUCAAAAAUGCCCCGAACCACCUCCUUCAGCGGGAUUUGUUGGAACGAUUUCUCCAUCGUUUCCGGUAUCAGCUACCCGUCAUGGUCAACACAUUCCGGGCAGAGCUACGGUCCGCCAAAGAGUAUCGACUAUUCAAUAUGGUGUUCAUAGAUAGCUGGCAGUCAUUUGGAACCUUCUUGGACAAGAUCAGAAUGCGAUACGAGUUGGCAGCAAGUUUCUGGAUCGUGUUCAAUGUAAGUCAACGGAAAACGGUUCAAGAAGCCUUGUAUCAGUUGUGGCUCGAAAACAUUAUGUUUGCCUUUGUGUUUGUGGUCGACAACGGUGCCGUUCGACUGUAUUCCUAUUAUCCAUAUGCCAACGGUAGGUGUGAAGGAAAUGGAGCUACAGAACUGGACUGGAAACGGGUUGGGCUUAUUGAUUCCCGCCUGCAUAACUUCUACGGCUGUCCGCUAUUGGUUGGAACGUAUGACAAUCCACCGUUUAUGAGCAUCGGUGAAGAACAUGGCGAACUGCAAGGCAUCGAAGGGAACUUGGUGAGCAUCAUAUCCAGAAAGCUGAAUUUUACUACAAAGAUCAUUGUACCACCGAGUGAGGACUUGUUAAGAUUUGGGAUAAAGCAAGGUAUUGUAGAUCUGGUGCACGGAAACAGAGUAGAUUUUGCCCUGGGAGCAUUCGGGAUGUUCCCGGAAUUGCUUCAGCUGAUGGUACCGGGGGUGAUGCACUUCGAUUCAGCUUUCACGUUCGCCGUGUCAGACGGAAGACCGUACACGGCUUUCGAAAAGCUAUUUUUCCCACUACAGUCGUGCGUUUGGAUAGGAGUAAGUGUAACACUGGUUUGUGCUGUUGGGUGUAUCGCCAUCGUGAAUAAGCUGGACUGGACAGUUCGGAACUUCGUUUAUGGAAGGGGAAACCGUGCGCCGGUGUUGACUUUGAUUUGUGUAUUGCUUGUGGGCGGAGUGAACCGAUGCCCAAGAAGAAACUUCGCACGAACCUUGGUGAUGUUUUGGAUUUUGUUCACACUGAUUCUUCGAACCGCUUAUCAAGGUUCGUUGUAUAGGAUCUUGCAGACAACGUUGAACGUGACUUCACCAACAACGUUACAUGGAAUUUAUGAUGCAAAUCUGGAUCUGUACAUGCGAGAUUCUGCAAAGCAAUACAUAACAAUAGCGCCAGAGCUAUCCAAUAAAAUCCUAUUUCUGACCACUGAUCGGUUGAUUCGCCAUAUGGUCGAUCAGCUCGGGCAACGUAAACUGGUGAAUGCUGCAAUAUUACUCUCAGUUGACAGAGUUGCCCACUACAACAAGUUUAAUCCUGCAAACCAGUUCAUUAAGAUCAUCCGUGAUACGAUGUUUCGCUACCACAUGACAAUAUUCUACCCGAAGAAUUCUCUUCUGAAAUUUGCGUUCGAUAUGGAAGUUCUAAAGCUAAGCCAAAGCGGAUUGCUGGAACUGUGGGCUUCUCGCUACGGCGACUAUAAUUUCCACCGUAUGAUGGAACAAACGGAGUUUAUCAAACCUCUUGCGAUAGAACAUCUCAUUGGUGCCUUUGAAAUCCACGUUGUACUACUCGCUGUAAGUGUCAUUGUGUUUCUGUUGGAGGCUAUUGCUACCAAGUGGAUUGACAGGUGUCAAUCAACGAUGUGA